AUGUCCAUACCGCCAUUUCGACCAGGACAAUACGCUGGAGUCGGACAAGGACUGCCGACCAACCGUUUCAGCUCCCCAGCGACCACGACCCCGUCAGCCUCAGCCUCAGCCUCAGCCUCAGCCUCAGCCUCAGCUGCAGCCUCAGCCUCACAGCAGCAACAGGCCUCGGCCGUCUCAGCGGGCUCGACCCCGUUACGGCAACCGUCAACAGCCAACGGAGCCCAUACCUCACCGCUGCAGCACCUCGUCGGUCGUACUCGCAGCACCUCCAACGCAGCCGCCAUGGCCUCGUUCGCAUUCGGCCAACACCAGCAGCAGCAGCAGCCGCAACAUCAACAACACCAGCAACACAACUCCACCGCGAGUCAGCCCUUGCCACCAGGUAAGCGAGCUCACCCACCCAAUCCACACAUCCCUCCACAGCUCGUCAGGUCGUGGCGAGCACCUUGCUGACACUUUUUUUUUCGUGCACCUUGUCCUCUGUACCCGGUCCAACCCUUACACGCUCCAUCAAUCUCCCGUCUGAUUUACCGACGGGCCCCCUUGCGUUGUCGUCGUUCCCUUGCUCGCCUCGCCUGACCCGACCCCCACGCCCUCGACUUGGACCGUCGACAGGACUGACCGCAGCACAGGAAGCCAACCUCGACCCGAGCGACUUCCCAGCACUGGGCGGCGCAGCAGGUGCACCCUCGACCCCGUCCGCGGUGACGAGCCUGCCUUCGUCGUACGCGUCCUUGAUCGGGCCUGCGACCACGACCGCCAACGCCUCGCUCGGAUCGGCCUCCGCGAUUGGCCAACCUCUGGCCAAUGGACUGCCCCGCGAGUUCUCGGCCGACGACUUUCCGGCACUCGGGGGCAUGUCGUCCCCAUCCAACACCGCUGGCCACCAAGCCAACUCGGCUAGCAGCGGUGCCGCAGCCCAAGUCUCGACAGGGAGCUACGACCCGACCGCGGCCACAAGCUCACUCGCCAACGGACUCAACGGCCUCUCGUUGCUAUCGAACCGGAACCUGUCGUCUAUGGGGCCGAGUGAGCAGGCCAGCGCAGCCGCCGCGUUGCAGCACCAGCAGCAGCAUCGCGCCAACUUGCUCGGAGCGAUGAACGGGGGGAGAAGCGCACCUUCUCAGGCAGACGCCGACAAGCGGGUGAGCAAAGAGGAAAGAGGUUCUGACCGAGAAAGAAAGGAGGAAUGGUGGGCUGAUCUAGAGGCGUGUGUGUUCUCUUACUCUCUGCGCAGAAUUUCGGUCUGAAACAGCAGGGUGGCACCCCACAACAACAACAGCCCUGGGCAGCCUCGGCACAGUUCGCCAACGGUGGAGGUGCAGCAGCAUCAGCUUUACCGCCAAAUCCGUCGGACGGGGCACCGUCAUCGAUGCGGUCGCCUUCCAUGCUCUCGUCCACACCGGCUUCGUCGGCUCUGCCCCCACCUCCGGGUGUCAAUUCGUUGCUGCUCCCUUCGGCCGCAACACAUCGAGGGGCGAUCGGAUCCGCGGGGGGGAAUACAACCGGAGCCGCAAGUGCACCUCUACCACUGCCAACAGCACCAUCCGCCUCUACAACAACCAACGCUUCGACAACGGGAGGAGCAGCAGCAGCAGGAACGGGGCCGACAGCAGGUGGUGUGAUGGGGAGUCAAGUCCCACAGACGCCGGCGCAACAGAUCCUGUUCAGUCCGGCCGAUCGUUAUGGGUUGUUGGGGUUACUGCACAUCAUCAAGACGAGCGAUCCGGACCUCAACAUGCUCGCACUUGGGAAUGAUCUGACGACACUGGGCUUGGACCUAUCCGCAAGCGAGUGAGUGUCUUGAAGCGUGCAGCAUGAAGCGUAUCGGGGCGAGUGAGGCUGACCACGCAACAUGUUGUCUCUGCAGCAACCUGUUCUCGACCUUCAUCACGCCAUGGUCGGAUUCCAAGACGGCAUCCGGGCUCAACAUUGAACCCGAAUUCCACCUCCCGUCAUGCUACAACGUGCAACCUCCACCGGCACAAACCAAGAUCGGCAACUUUUCGGACGAGACGCUCUUCUUCAUCUUUUACUCGCAACCGCGCGACGCGAUGCAAGAGAUGGCCGCGCACGAGUUGUACAAGCACAAUUGGAGGUACCACAAGGAGAUGAAGGUGUGGUUGACCAAGGAGGCCGGUACGGAACCGAGUCAGAAGACGGCGACGUACGAGAGGGGUAGUUAUAUCCUGUUUGAUCCGAAUGGGUGGGAAAGGGUCAGGAGGGAGUUUGUGCUCGAGUUUGCGGCGUUGGAGAGUCGGAGGGCUUGA